UAUUCCAUCAUUCCGGAUGCCGCGUGAAAGAGCCAGUAGCCGAAGUGUUUGCGUUUCUUCUCCGCGCUCGACUACGCUUCGUUGCAGAAGCGAUCACCGCUGGCCGGGAAAAGAAUUGCGUUUGCAUAGAGUGACAAGUAACUACGCACAGUAUCUUUUCCACGGAAGCAAUGCAAUGAACAAUAAUUUCUUGUUGUUUCUGCCAAUCAAUUAAAACUCAGAACUAUAAAUGUCAGUAGCUCAGUCACAGCCCGGCUCAGAUUCAAGAUGGCAAUGGGAAAACGCCACAGCCGGUGCCGUAGCAGGCUUCGCAACUGUCGCAGCUACACACCCUCUCGAUGUCGUUCGUACAAGGUUUCAAGUUAAUGAUGGCCGAAUCUCCAAUCUUCCAACCUACAAGAAUACUGCCCAAGCUGUUUUAGCUAUUGCACGUUCUGAGGGUUUGAAAGGGCUUUAUUCAGGUUUCCUUCCUUCAGUUCUUGGUUCAACAGUUUCAUGGGGUUUAUAUUUUUUCUUCUAUGGCAGAGCCAAACAAAGAUAUUCUAAGAACAGGGAUGAGAAGUUGAGCCCUGGUCUUCAUCUUGCAUCUGCUGCAGAAGCUGGAGCUUUAGUUUCCUUGUGUACAAAUCCAAUAUGGCUUGUAAAGACAAGGUUGCAGCUUCAGACUCCUCUGCAUCAAAAUCAACCCUAUUCUGGGCUUUAUGAUGCCUUAAAAACAAUAUUGAGGGAGGAAGGGUGGAGGGCACUUUAUAAAGGGAUUGUUCCUGCUCUAUUCCUGCAGGUUUCUCAUGGUGCUAUUCAGUUCACAGCAUAUGAGGAGCUUCGAAAAGCUAUUGUUGAAUAUAAGUCUAAAGAAAACCAAAGGAAGAGUGGAAGAUCUGAUAAUGAUCUGUUGAAUUCAAUUGAUUAUGCGGUCCUUGGCGGGUCAUCUAAAGUUGCUGCCAUUAUUUUUACGUACCCAUUUCAGGUUGUUCGAGCUCGGUUGCAGCAACGACCUAGUACAGGUGGAGUUCCAAAAUAUAUGGAUAGCUGGCAUGUGGUGAAGGAAACUGUGCGGUUUGAGGGAUUUCGAGGUUUCUACAAGGGGAUCACACCGAGCCUUCUUAAAAAUGUUCCUGCUGCUUCAAUAACAUUUAUUGUGUAUGAGAAUGUCCUUAAGUUGCUGAAAUUGACAAGAAGGAACGAUUAGCUUUUUCUAAUUUCUCAAUUUUGUUCACAUUGUUUUUGUAGUUAGAAUUGAUUAAUAGUGAAUUGGGGUUGAAAGGACAAGGAUUAAAAUGCGGAUGAGUCUCACAGAAUUUUGUAACAAUUAUUGACAACUUUUUUUUUUUUCUUUUGACUUUAAACAUUAGAUUGUUUAUGGUUCUUAAGUGGAAAUCAGGGGAAAAAAUAAUCACUUUUUGGGAAAUAAGGGAAGGUACAAAAACUGCAUCUUUCUUGAUAUCACAAUGCCAUUAGAAUAUAGGACAUAUAGUAGGACAUUAUCCAUGCAAGAAAGAAACUGGAAAAGAAAUAGUAGACAGUGGGUUACAAUCAGUCUGACUUGUGUCUACACCACUUAGAUUCCAAUGGACCUCCUUAACAUGGAGUACAUCUUCAAGAAAACUGAACAGCAGUGACCUUGCUUCAUGUCAGGUACAUGGGAAAUUUUUCUUUGCACUAUCAGGUUGAGCUCCAUCUUCAGGCUGUCUGUGAAAUUAGGGAGAAGCAAGGGGAAAAUUUGCCUCUUUCAGUUUAUACAGAGUGUUCAUUGAAAUGAAGCAUCCUUCAUGACUAACAUUGUGCUGGCUGUUGAGACUUCUGAAAUCCAUAACAAAUAUAGAAAGGAAAUCCUUUGUUCAGCCUGUAUUCAAACUCUACUGGCAUUCCAACAAUCUCUAGUUCUUCGAGGUGGGAUCACAGAAUUUGCAGUUGAGGAAUCCUUUGGAGGAGAAUGUCAUAUCCCCCCAGUUAUAUGGACCCAUUUCCCAAAACAAGCAUUUUUAGGUUUGGCGGUCUUUCCAGCUUACUAAUUGAAUCUUUCUGAAGGUGGGAGUUGUAAAGAGUUAGCUUAAUGAGAUUAGGUGGGAAGUCAUAUGGGUCAGGUAACUUCUCUAAUCUUUCCAUAGAAACACGGCUUUAGGAGACGGUCACGGUGAGAAAAUUUGCAUUCGGGUGGCCAUGCUUCUUGUUCAGAUUGAAGCAGUACAGAAUGAAUUAAGGCUGUGCUUCAUCCAAUUGUUGAAAUAAUUGGCUAAACCGUGUUCUGAUCAGCUUCCAGCCUCUAUAUAGGGUAGCGUUUGUAGAUUUGUUAAGGCAUCCAUUAUUAGAUGUUCACUCUCUGGAGAAUCAAUUGGAGUAUAGAGGAGGAGAUGUCUCAAAUGCACCAUUUUCUAGAUCACCAUUGGUAUUCUCUUGAGAAGUUUCUUCUCUGCUCUAAAGUUUCACAUACUGUUCAUUAGAAGUUGAAAGGGUAGAGGUGAAUUGGGUAAUAAGGUGAAAAUGUACAAUAUGAGCUUACUUAGACUUGGGUCAACCAAUGCUAAAAAAUUAGUACUAACCAAUUAGCUAGCUAGCUUGUCACCCUUGUAUGCCUUGUGUGGAUUUGAAAUGUAGUCAAAGCGGGAUUCUUAAUACUGUUGACCUAGCAAACAAUUUUCUUGUGA